UACGAGGUCAUCGACACCCACGCCAAGCUCUACCUCAUCCUGGAGCUGGGCGACGGCGGGGACAUGUUCGACCACAUCAUGCGGCACGAGGGCGGCCUGGCCGAGCCGCGGGCCAAGCACUACUUCGCCCAGAUCGUCCAUGCCAUCUCCUACUGCCACAAGCUCCACGUGGUGCACCGCGACCUCAAGCCCGAGAACGUGGUCUUCUUCCAAGAGCAGGGGGUGGUCAAGCUCACCGACUUCGGCUUCAGCAACCGCUUCCAGCCCGGCAAGAUGCUCACCACCAGCUGCGGCUCCCUGGCCUACUCGGCGCCGGAGAUCCUGCUUGGGGACGAGUACGACGCCCCGGCUGUGGACAUCUGGAGCCUGGGGGUCAUCCUCUACAUGCUGGUGUGCGGCCACCCCCCCUUCCAGGAGGCCAACGACAGCGAGACCCUCACCAUGAUCAUGGACUGCCGCUACACCGUCCCCCCGCACGUCUCGGCCCAGUGCGCUGAUCUCAUCUCCAGGAUGCUGCAGCGGGACCCGAAGCAGCGAGCGUCCCUGGAGCAGAUCGAGGGCCACACGUGGCUGCAGGGGGUGGACCCGUCCCCCGCCAGCCGCUCCCUGCUGCCCCUCACCUCCCACAAGCGCGUGUCCCAGGAGGAGCACGAGAUCAUCCUCCAGGCCAUGAUGUGCGGGAACAUCGCGGAUCGGGAAACCAUCCAGGAGGCGCUGGAAGCCGAUCGCUACAACCACAUCACGGCCACGUAUUUCCUGCUGGCGGAGAGGAUGCUGCGGGAGAAGCGGGAGAAGCAGGGCCACCGCCUCAGCCUCGUCUACAACCUGGCCAAGGAGGUGCAGAGCAGGACCAACUUAUCGGACACAUUUGGCUCCGGGGGCGGUGCCAGCAGAUAA